CUUAGUUUGUUUUGAUAAGCUUUGCGAAUUUCUCUUUGUAGCAGCUUCAAGUUGGCGCUGCGAAUUACACUUGAUUUAGUAUCGCUCUAAGCUCGAAAGAAGCAACUAAACCGGUUUUGAAAAUUUUUUGUGGUGUUCUAUUGCUUUAUUUGUAUUGAGUUUCCCAUAUUUAUCAAUUAAGUACGCAUAACUGAAAAAAAUAUGCGUAAAAUUUUGCUUUUGCUUUGCAUUGUCAUGGGCUUGAGCGAGAAUGUGUUCGUGGAGCCGGCAACAAUACCGGAGAGUCAUAAUGAAGUUUGGGGUACACGUAGCUCACGUGACGUACUCAUUAAGCGUGAGAUAGUGAAAGAUACGUUCAAACCGUUGCGCGUGGUAUCGAGUGAUUAUGAAUUCAGACAAAAGACUGAUAAUAUUGUUCAUCCUCGUACGAUUACCCAAAUUGUCGUGACAGAUAUUUAUACUGACGGCGAUGGUGGCUAUGCAUCAUUGAAAAGCGGUGGACCAGGAAUGGAUUUUGCAGUUAUACAUCUAAAAAGUCAACGUGGUCAUGGUUAUCACUUUACUAUUGAUUUCUAUGGACAGUGAGCAAAAUUUCAAUUGUGAAAAAAAAGUAAUCCGACCCUUUUAAUGGAUUUGAUGUCUAAGAGUAUCUCCGCACACAAAAGUUGUGGAAGCAUCGAUGCCAUUCUUGUAUUUAAUAUGAAAUCGAAAUAUAUAUUCACGUUAAUAUAGCGCCCAAAAUUAAGAAAAAAACAUAAAUAACAUAUUUUA